AUGCAUGCAUUAACAGAAGGCUUUGCGAAUACCCAGACCGGCCGUGCUUUGGACACUAUCUCGCCGACUACACUACAACUACAAUAUCAAGACUACCUCCGAAACGACACCCGACGGAAAGAGGAGGAGGAGGACAAAUGGACCUGGACGGCCAGUGCCAUUGCUGAAUACGUUGAGGGGCUCAUCCGGCAGGAUCAGCUGGAUGAAACGUCGCUCCAAGGCUGGAACCAGCUCGUACAAGAACAUUUUGGAGGGGAUAUCGGGCUCAAAGGGGUACGAAAUGCGGCCUAUAGUCUACGAGAACGCUAUGAAGCUUCAAGCAAGGAGAUCCGUGAAAAUUGGGGAGUGUGGUACGACCGCGUCUUAGAACCUGAAUGGAUCGCCCAGAAAAGUCCGUCGAAACAUCUCCUCGCCGCUCUUGCGCGAUUUUCGGCUUGUUGCCCCUACGAGAAAGCACAGAUGGCGCUCAAGAAGGAAAUCGAAGCGCGGGCUGCUCUACCCGCUCAUCUGUCCCGCGAAGAUGAGGACCCCCAGAGCGAUAGAUCCAAUUCAGAAUCUAUGAAGACAGACGCCAAUGCUUCAUCUUUGGUUCAUCAUGACACAGUUCGCUAUGCAAACAUAGCAAGCCGAAAACGAAGGAGGAAGGGUCCAAGAGAUGGAACAUAUGUUGAUCCCACAGGAAACAAGAGACUCUGUCGGAUUGUACGCGACAAUGAAAUUGACCAAGGCGCUAUGGAGAAUCAGCAAUAUCAUCUUCGAGGAGACGAUGCAGAUGAUGUAGAUGACGAGCGUUCGAUCGAGCCGCCUCGAGAACGCUUCCCAGAUCUGCCGGAUAUGGACCUUGACUCCCAUCCAUUCUCUCCACACAGUGAUAUUGAAGAGGGGUUCGAGAACCCGAGUGUUCUGGGGGACGAUCUCAACGAUUGCUUGACCAAGAGCAACAUGACCGCUGGUAUCAAAUGGCCUUCUUCACCAGCAACGGAGACCCUCGAUAGUUCCAUUGCGCGCCGCUUUGAUUUGAACGGGAUUCUGACGGAGAACGUUGAGGUACCAUCACUGACCAACAUACUAAGUCUUGAUUCUUCCAGCUCAACGGAAAGCCCUCGGCAAGGUCAACCAGUACCUCCUACAGUAAUACAAAGAUCUCAAAUCCGCAGUCCAGACCACACUAGCUCCUUAGAGUCUGUUCGAGAAAAUCCGGUAAUGGACGAGCUCUUGCCUAGUACGGAUCGACUGGGCGCUUCAGACACGUUACAACCGGGGCAAUGGCUCUCGGCGACCGCAAUCGAGCUUGUACUCAGUCAUUGGCACCACCAAGAGGACUUUCGCUUGGUGGACAGCUCCUAUAUAGACGUCAACCAUCCGGAGGAGAUUUUAAAAAAACCGCCCUUACGGCUGAUGGGAGCGUUACGGUUACUCUUACCUCUACACCAUGGCAAUCACUGGACAUUGUUACUCUUCGAUUUCGACCAGCGCACGGUCCAUCACUAUGAUUCCCUCGCGGCCGCGUCGUCUUGCGCGGAUGCACGCCGGGCAGCUUUUUGCGUCGUCGAGCAUCUUGGAGAGGACAAAGAAUCAUUUGCCUUCACUUCCGACAGUGUGUAUAGGCAAGAAAACGGGUAUGACUGCGGAGUUUGCGUACUGGUCAUGGCGCUACACUUGCUGGUGAAUAUGCGAAUACCUACGACGUACGACUGCAGUCUCUGGAGGGUCAUAUUCAUAGCCUUGCUGAGAGGUGAGGAGCCAGUGGAGCCUUUGAAGGCAUACACCACAGCGCCAGAACCCUUGAUGAUAGAUGAUCUGCAAGCAAGCGUCAAGGAUAAGAGCCAAUUCCAAAACAUGGACGUUGAGAAUCUUCGGAACCAAUGCAACACACAUCAAGCUCGCUGCAUGGAUGCAAAACACGCCAGAGAUGAUGCCGAAGCUACGGUGACACUGUUGGACGCCUUCAUGAAGGGUUGCUAUGAACACGAAGCAAUCCUACGGACGCGGCGAACGGAGAUGCAGACGGAGCUCAGCGCUAUCAAUGGAUUUGUAGAUCGGUACGCUACAUUUAAAUACGGUCAAACAGCGUCUACCAUGCGAGCGCUGGAAUCGAAUCAAAUUACAGCGCAAAGUGCCGUCGACAGGGUCGACCGUCGUAUUCACAUGCUUGAGGAAGGGAACAACGGGCGCGACUUGGCUUUGAGAACAGGGAAGGAAAUCCAUAUGCAUCAUCGGAAUUGCUACGAGAAGCUUAGAGUCGCAGGGCGAGACGCCUCUCGCGCCUUGCAUGAGCUUGUUCAGAAGCAGAGAGCGAUCAUUGAUGAAAUGGAGGAUAUACAGCGAAGAUGGACCGUCUCUCUGGAGGCAUGA